AUGGAGAUGGCAUCUGAGCUAUCCCAACGGAGCAAAAAAACAAUUUUUGGCAUGAUUGCAGUCGCAAAAGGAUUGCACCGGAGCAUGCAAAGGGUUUUUGGUGGAUCUGGCUUGCAGCUGUUCGUGCCAGAAAAUGAACUGAAGGCUGGUGACGAUUUGACAUCAGCCCAGCUAUCUCCAGCUACUGUUGAGGAACGGCCACUGCUGACAGCCACUGCUGAUGAAGAGCAUCUUCCAUUCAAAGCUUUGUGGUCACUGCUGUUCAACUCCAAGCUCAGACUGUACGUCGAACCAGAAGCACUACAUAAUAUGUGGAAUGACCUCAAAAAUUCGUACAAAAGAGCAGACCUACAACCAGCUUUGCUACUGGGGAUUGUUAUGAGCCAAUCCUCUCACGGUCCGUUUGGCUCUGGUCAUCACCAAUGGACAAAGCAGCAGACUGCUGAGCUAUUAGCCGAGUCAAUGACUACAUCUGACUUUGAAAAUAUCAGGGAGUCUAUGACUAGAGAUAGAUACGGAGAUACCACUGAUAUACCUGAGUCACCCAGUGAUCUUCCAGAUAUCCCCAGUGUGGCUAACUUUCCUAUCUUUGCAAAACAAAAGAGCUGGUUUCAAGCUGUGGUGGCAUUGUACAGGCUUGCGCUUGACUGGAGCUUGGAUUCGGUGAUCUUGGGAAAGGCAGUUGAACUGACAAAGGGCUUAGAUUCUGACGACCGUAUGAUGGAUGAUGGUGAGGACCACGAAGAUGCUGCUGGUCAUGGGCCAGCCGAUGAUCACGCCCGCCCUCAGACACGCAAAGAGCUGGAUGAAUUGAAAGGGACUUUUUCCAACAAGUUGGUGAUGACAUACCACUAUCAUCAAGAUCCCAUGCUGCCAUUGGAAUUCAAAGCAAUGUUCUGGGCAUCACGUCCACUGUUGCAUGAGUAUGAAGCCACGCUUGACAUUCAAAAGGAUGGACAGGAGAAAACACUUCGGUGGAGAGCGGCCCGUGCAAAAGGGCAAACAUGGUGGCCUACAGUCGUCAAAACAAUGUGUUCAAUCAACGACCCUGAAACCAUGAAAAUGUUGCACAUUCCACUGACCGCGCGUGAGAAUGACUUUGGCCUAGAUGUUCACAAACAAAUACUGGAGAAGUACUCGAAACUUUGCAUUGAGAUCAGUUCUGCUCGAAGCUGGUCCCAAUGUCAAUACACAAUUUGUGUGCCAAACAUGUUUGCCAUCGUUCACCAUGAGUCAUUUGAACAUCGUGAACGAGGCAUGAAUGUUCUCAAACGGAUCUGGGAGGCUGUUCUUAAUGCAGAAAAGGUGCUGAGCCAUCCUGACACCAGGGCUGACGUCAGGGCUUCCUUGAAGCAAGUGUUGGACCACAUGGCUUGGCACAAGGGGCAGGUUGCAAGGGAACUCUUUUUGGUUUGCCAACAAGGGGAAUGGAAAGCCGGUGAUCAACAGAUACGUCAACUGGGUUUUUACCUUUUCGGCACCCCAGCCAAUACAAAACAUUUCCCCGAAGAUACUUUUGCUCAUCUUGCUGACAUUGUCAAAAGAAUGGUUCGCAAUUGCAAGAUCUCAAAGAAUCUCAUUUGCAGUUAUCAAUUAUCUUUUUUCAUUGCCAUCUGCCAUUUCCUGUCAGUGUUUUUUUUGGUUUCUCCCAACUCCCAAUCCCAUUUAUAUAUUUUUAUGGGUAUUACUCAUGAAUUACUAUCCCUGCGAUUAAAUAAAUAUUGUAGCUUGCAGUGA